AUGAAGAUGGAUGUGGCGAGAGUUUUAGUGAGAACUAGUUGUAAUAUGGCUUUGAAUGGAGCUUUCGACGUGAACAUCAAUGGAGAUAUGUUAUGUAUCAAGAUGGUUGAGGACUUUUAUGGUCCCUUAAGAAUAUCCGUGCCUUCGUUUUUAAGCAAGCAGUGGGGCGUGCCGGAGGAUGAGGCCGAUUUCGACGAUAGUGUCGAAGAAAGUGAUGAAGAUGUUUCAAAAGGAAGCUCAAAAUUGAGCUGGAAGGUUGAGGGUCUUGUGUUUCCUAGAGAGGAAGAGCCUCAGUCGGAUAAGUUGUUUCACAAAAGGGGACAUGUGUUUGUUCAUGCUGACAAUGUAGGGAAAAUAUAUAGUUUGUUGAAUAUGAAGGAUUUGUUUGAUAGGGCGGCUGAGAAUUUGUAG